AUUAGAGUUAUCUUUCGCUUCUGGCCUCACUCAUUAUUGAAGUAACCAUUAUAUUUAAAAAUCAAUACAUCCCCAAAUUUAAGGAUAUCUGUUGAACAACUUUUCAUAUUUAUUUAUUAUUUUAGUCAGAUAUUCACAUCUUUCCCAAUGCUGAGAUCAAUAAUUGACAAAUUCCAGUGCGUUUCAUAGUAAUACAUUGAAAUAAUCCUAGGUGUACUAUAAAUAAUAUGAAUGAAGCUGAAUUAUUUGAAUAUACAGCUAUUUAUAUUAUUCAUACUAUCUCUGAUUCCUUGGCCUGGGCCCAGCGUUUUCAAAAUCUCUUGCCCUAGGGAUAAUGCUCGUAUCGUAAGAAAUCUUAUCAAGUCCAAAUGGAUACCUAUCUUAGAAAAAUACAAAGUAAAUCUUCCCAUAGAAUGUCCAUUUCAUCCUAUGCGAGAUAUAUUUGCGCCUCAAGAGGCGGCCAAAUACCAUUACAGGACUUCACAUUGGACUUGUGGCCUAUGUGGUCAAUCGUUUUUCGAUGAAAAACAGUUGGAUAUGCAUUUCGACAAUCGCCACAAGAGCCAUAUCAAUAUGGCAGAGGAUGCUGUGUGCCUUGCAGAUUACUGUGACAUUAUUAGAUGCGAUGUGCUGUUGACUCAAGAUCCAAAAUCUGUAUAUCCUGACUCUGAAAGUACUGGCAUUGAGAUCUGGAGAGAAGCAACGUCCUAUUCAAACAAAGCUUUAGUUACUUCUGGUCCUAGAGAUUUAGCAAAAUACACUUCAAAAGAUGCACAAACUACACCCUCAAGUAAAUCCACUACUAGUGAAGCUAGCGAUUAUUGCCAAAAACCGGAAUCACCAACAGAUGAACAAAAUAAGAACGAAGAUGAGAAAUCUCAGAAUUCCAGUGCUAAUAACAUUUGCCAAAGUGAUCUUGUCGAUUCUGCUCUUCCCACUCCAAACAAUAAGCAACAACGAAUUCUAGAACUACAAAAGUUAAAAGCCAAUUGUAAGCCUGAGACUUUGCAGAAAAUCAAAACUAAGUGUGAAAUUUUGGUUAGAGAUUGUAUAGCGGGAUUACUUAUACAACUGUCCAUCAAGGAUUUCAAGGAAGUCGAAGAUGAACUUAAUAGAGCAGUGUGUUGGUACCUAACAUGCGAUAGAUAUUGGGAAGAUUUUCAAACCGAUAUCAGAAGUUUCCCAUGGGGAUUACUUUGCAUGAUAGUUAUGGUGUCAUCUCUAGGGAUAUGCAUGUGCUACUAUAUUAUUUGGGUUCUAUUCGACACCGACGAUGUGAGUGUCUCCAGCCUAACAGAUCGCUCAACACCGUCUCCAGCCCAUAUGCCUCACAGGCACGAAGUGUAUACAACAGCAGACGGCCAUCAAGUAUACACAGAAGACUACUAUUUAGCACCGGACAAAGAUAACGAAUAUAUUUAUGUAACUUAUCCGCCUGACCUAAAACGGAGGUUGCUGGAAAGGUUUGUAUCAUGCUGCGAGAUUUACCUUCAUAUUUUUUUAACCUUAUAUUUUUUCCUAGCUGCUACAAUAGAACAACCCGCUUGUGAGGUAGAAGAUAAAGUAGUGGUAUAGUUUCAAAUUACUAGCAUUCGAUUUAUGUAAAACAUUUCAUGGUUAGAUCUUAGUGAAGCACAUAUUUUCAUCUGUUAGUCUAGAUAGAAAAAUUAUAGAAAAUAACGAAUUUGGUUUUUCGUACAACUAGAGCUGAAAAUAUUUGACAAAGACCUAGUUCCACUUGAAUAUCAUAAUAUUUUUUUUUAUUUGCUUCUGCAAAGUCUGAAGAUGAUAUUCAGUGGAACCCUUACUAAAAUUGCUCGUUGUAAAGGAUUGUUAUUUUAGUAACUGACAGAAUUCCAUCAGUUUGCAUAUGUUUUUUGCUCAUUUUGAAAACUGUAUGCUUUGUGCUAUUUUCUUGAUUGCUUUGGAGUUCAUCAAUUUAUAAAUUUCCAAAAACUGAAAAUUAUAAAUAUUGCUUUGGUACACGAACCCUUUCUAGUAACUUCCGCAGAUUUCUUAAUAGAAAAGUAAGACUAUAGAAAAAAAUUUACUUUUACAAUCAGCUAUCCAAAUUUGAUAAUAAACAUAAACAAUACUUUUUCAAAGGAAGCGAAUAGUUUAAUAACUGUAAAAGCUAAUUUACAUAACAAAAAUAAAAAAUCUUCGAAGAAGGAAAAAAAUAUAUAAUGUGUUUAUCCUUCCUAGAGCCAACUUACUGAACUGAUUUGAACUAUCCAUAGGAGUGACUCGAGAAUAUAAUAAGGCUAAUGAGAUUGAAAAUAUCUAGAUUUUUCAGGAAACUGAAGAUAAUUAAAGGACCACAUUGAAAUAAAUAAUUUGAAUGAUCGAAAGGAAUUAAAAUACUUCAAAUAGUUUGCCUUACAUCUCAACUUGAUCGAAUUUAUAAUGAAACAGAUGGAAAUUUCAAACUACAAUGACAAGUUCAAACUCUAUAUUGAAAAUAUCUAAAUAUUCUGAACAACUCAAUAUUCUACCAAAAUAAUUUCCUUUCUUUAUUCAUCCCUAAAAUUAAGCUUAUAUUGUGAAAAGAGCUUGUGUAAAUCCUUUCAUUUUAUAACAAAACAAGUCAGCAAAAAUGUGAAUAAAAAUUUUAUUGAAUAAA